AUAUUAUCCACUGCAAUGGCAGCAAAUACCAAGACAUGUCGGGAUAAAAAAACGAAUAAACCUAUAAAUUGCCAAACCAAAACGCUCUCAGCUAUAUGUAAAAUAGAUUGUGGAAGUGGCAUUUGUACGGCAACCGAUACUUGUACUUGCUUCAAGGGAUAUAAAAAUCAUUUUAAAAAAAAUAGUCGUUGUAUUCCUGCAUGUAAGGGUUGUAAUAGGGGAAGAUGCAUCGCACCUGAGAGGUGUAUUUGCGCUUCUAAACAUAAACGUGACCCCGUUAGCGGAAACUGCUUGCCCAUCUGCCCGAAGGGAUGUCCUAAUGGUAAAUGUAUAGAACCAGGCAAAUGUGUGUGUAAUAAGGAGUACUCAAAGUUCCAAAAUGCCACUCAUGAAAUAUGUCAACCGAUCUGCAGUGAGGACUGUGCCAAAGGCAACGGCAUCUGUGCGGCGCCUAAUCUCUGUAAAUGUAGUGAAGGCUAUGAACCGAAUAAUGCCUCUAAAUCGUUCAUGUGUAGCCCGGUAUGCAGCAUGGGUUGCGAUAACGGAGUGUGUCGAGCACCCAACGUCUGCGAGUGCAAUAGUUCUUAUCGGAAGGGGCCCAACAAGAAUUGUGAGCCAAUUUGUGAGGAUGGUUGUAUGAAUGGAAACUGCAUAGCGCCGUAUACUUGUGAAUGUCUCAAGGGCUAUAUAAAGAUUAGUGAAUCCGCAUGCCUUCCCAAUUGCACACAGGGAUGUCCGAAUGGCUUUUGUGAAGCCCCCGAUAAGUGCUCAUGUAACACAGGUUUCAAAAAACAUAACGACACGGGAAUUGAGAGCGCCUGUCUUCCUAUCUGCGAAGAAGAAUGUGAGAAUGGUUUCUGCCAGUCACCUGGCAAGUGUUCUUGCAACGAAGGUUACAAGAAGGAAACUGAGAACAAGUGUGCCCCUGUCUGCGAAGAAGGAUGUGAAAAUGGUUUCUGUGAGUCACCCGGAAAGUGUUCCUGUCUUGAGGGUUAUAAAAAAGAAACCGAGAACAAGUGUGCCCCUGUCUGCAAAGAAGGCUGUGAGAAUGGUUUCUGUGAGUCACCCGGAAAGUGUUCCUGCAACGAGGGUUACAAGAAGGAAACUGAGAACAAGUGUGCCCCUGUCUGCGAAGAAGGAUGUGAGAAUGGAUUCUGCGAGUCACCGGGAAUCUGUUCCUGUUUUGAGGGUUACAAGAAGGAAACUGAGAAUAAGUGUGCCGCUGUCUGCGAAGAAGGAUGUGAGAAUGGAUUCUGUGAGUCACCCGGAAAGUGUUCCUGUCUUGAGGGUUAUAAAAAAGAAACCGAGAACAAGUGUGCCCCUGUCUGCAAAGAAGGCUGUGAGAAUGGUUUCUGUGAGUCACCCGGAAAGUGUUCCUGCAACGAGGGUUACAAGAAGGAAACUGAGAACAAGUGUGCCCCUGUCUGCGAAGAAGGAUGUGAGAAUGGAUUCUGUGAGUCACCCGGAAAGUGUUCAUGCAACGAGGGCUACAAGCAGGAAACUGAGAACAAGUGUGCCCCUGUCUGCGAAGAAGGAUGUGAGAAUGGAUUCUGCGAGUCACCGGGAAUCUGUUCCUGUUUUGAGGGUUACAAGAAGGAAACUGAGAAUAAGUGUGCCCCUGUCUGCGAAGAAGGAUGUGAGAAUGGAUUCUGUGAGUCACCCGGAAAGUGUUCCUGUCUUGAGGGUUAUAAAAAAGAAACCGAAAACAAGUGUGCCCCUGUCUGCGAAGAAGGAUGUGAGAAUGGAUUCUGUGAGUCACCCGGAAAGUGUUCAUGCAACGAGGGCUACAAGCAGGAAACUGAGAACAAGUGUGCCCCUGUCUGCGAAGAAGGAUGUGAGAAUGGAUUCUGCGAGUCACCGGGAAUCUGUUCCUGUUUUGAGGGUUACAAGAAGGAAACUGAGAAUAAGUGUGCCCCUGUCUGCGAAGAAGGAUGUGAGAAUGGAUUCUGUGAGUCACCCGGAAAGUGUUCCUGUCUUGAGGGUUAUAAAAAAGAAACCGAAAACAAGUGUGCCCCUGUCUGCGAAGAAGGAUGUGAGAAUGGAUUCUGUGAGUCACCCGGAAAGUGUUCAUGCAACGAGGGCUACAAGCAGGAAACUGAGAACAAGUGUGCCCCUGUCUGCGAAGAAGGAUGUGAGAAUGGAUUCUGCGAGUCACCGGGAAUCUGUUCCUGUUUUGAGGGUUACAAGAAGGAAACUGAGAAUAAGUGUGCCCCUGUCUGCAAAGAAGGAUGUGAGAAUGGAUUCUGUGAGUCACCCGGAAAGUGUUCCUGUCUUGAGGGUUAUAAAAAAGAAACCGAAAACAAGUGUGCCCCUGUCUGCGAAGAAGGAUGUGAGAAUGGGUUCUGUGAGUCACCCGGAAAGUGUUCAUGCAACGAGGGCUACAAGCAGGAAACUGAGAACAAGUGUGCCCCUGUCUGCGAAGAAGGAUGUGAGAAUGGAUUCUGCGAGUCACCGGGAAUCUGUUCCUGUUUUGAGGGUUACAAGAAGGAAACUGAGAAUAAGUGUGCCGCUGUCUGCGAAGAAGGAUGUGAGAAUGGAUUCUGUGAGUCACCCGGAAAGUGUUCCUGUCUUGAGGGUUAUAAAAAAGAAACCGAAAACAAGUGUGCCCCUGUCUGCGAAGAAGGCUGUGAGAAUGGUUUGUGUGAGUCACCUGGAAUCUGUUCCUGUCUUGAGGGUUAUAAAAAAGAAACCGAUAAGAAGUGUGGCCCUAUUUGUAAUGGAUGUGGACUUGACUUGUGCGUGGCUCCAGAUACCUGUGAGUGGCAUGAAAAUGCUGGUAAAAGCACAACUAAUUCUGUAAUGAUUGGAAAUACCACUCCUUCAACGAUAGCCAAGAGUUCAUCUAAUAGUUGUAUGUCACAGUGUUUGAAUGGAACAUGUAUCGAAGGAGAAUGCAGAUGUGAGGUAGGUUAUAAUCUUCAUAACCAUGUAGGGGUCGAGGGGUCGAGUGGACUAGUUUGCCUGCCCAGUUGUGAAAUGGGUUGCGUGAAUGGUUUCUGCUCAUCUCCCAACAACUGUGUCUGCCUUAAUGGAGAAUUGCCCCAAGAUGGAAUAUAUUGUGAGCUGCUAGAUGAUACAGUUGUUAGUAGACUGGAUGAUCGAGGAAUCUUUUCCAAGCGAUGGCGUCUGAUCGUCAUAGCAAUAUUAGCAACUUCGGUAAUUCUGGUGAUGGCAAUCAUUUUCAUAAUGUUCUACUUUUUUAGAGAGCGUACUUACAACCUGGGCUUGAGAGAAGAUAAAUAUGGAGUUCAUUUCUCGACAAAAAAGGCAGAUAUUAUACGUGCUUAA